GACGUCAGCGCGCCGCGGCGGUGCAGUGACGCCCGGCCAUUGGGUGAGCGAGGAGCGAGACGGUAUUGUACGGGGGGGAAAAAGGACAAGACGCCGAUAACAAAAACAACAGCUGCGGGCCACAUGAGGCCGACUAAGGAUACACUCGCACUGUUCGGGCUCUAGCUACAAAGACUUCGGAUGUCCUGAUGGCUGCACACUUCACUAUUUCUGACAGUGAGUCAGAGCCAUCGGAGGAGGUAGAGGAAGGAGAAAAUAACCAAUUAUCCUCUAUGGUAGAGCAGCAGCUUCGUCAACGCCACUCCCUCACCCUACCUCAGCUCAGAUUGCCAGCGACCGGUCGAAUCAGGCUGAACUCAGAGUCCCACGCUUCCACCGUCUCCAGAGACGAGGAGCUCUGGACCGACGAGGCCGGUACGCCCACCGACGGAGCUCCGUUCAGAGUACGGUCCAAGUCGGCUCCCCCCGCUUUGUGGGCAGCAAAGAAAUACGGCCGGCAGCUCCGAAGGAUGAGCGACGAGUUCGACAUCCUGCUCGACAAAGGGGAAAUGAGGAGGGUGAAGAGUGCCGGGACGGCCAAACAGAUGCACCACUCUAAAAGCUGGUGGAGCUACCUCUUUAGUCACCAGGAGAUAGAGGGAGAGAACAACCACCAUGAAAACCACACUCACCGCACUGAAUAGGCACCGGGAGGGUGGUGGUGGUGGGGGGUGGUGGGGAGGGGAUAAGAGUGACGCAGGGUUUUGGAGGAAUCGCCGGGAAUGAGAGGAAAGCAGCGGGGGAGCCAAGACAACAAUUGUGACGAGAACAAAAACGACCUGCAUAGAGAACGGACGGAUGGAAGGUUGGUGACUACAAAAAGAGGAAAAAAAUCCAAAACACGAAAGGCAUGGCUACGUGCCAUUUUUAUACGUCGCUGGUAACUACAAUAAAAUAAACUUGGUUGUUGGUUGUGAUGGUAACAGCCCACUGUGAAAUGCAUAGACUGUUGGCUGUCUGAACCCCAAAGAGUGGAUACCAUGAUGGGCCGAGAGAGGAUCUCUCGAACGCAACGAAAAGAUAUAAGUGGAUUUGAGCGGUGACCACUUCCCACUUCAGUUGUCCCUCCCAUCGACACUAUGCGAUGUACUGUAGAUGGAGCGACGCAUGCACUGAAAUCAAAACGCCGGACUUUUAGCGGCCACCUUGAACGCUGUUAGAAUUUCCUUCCUUCGCCGUCGUCGUUGUCUCGAGGAAAUCGGCAACGGCGAUGUGUUACUGAUUCUUGUUUUGCUUUGCUCCACAUGUUUUUGCUUAAAUCCGAGCUAAUGGAGACCACUGCAACCGUGUGCCAAAACAACCAGCAGGCAACACAGGAAAAGAGUAUAAAGGGAAGGAUUUUUAAAGUAUUCAACUCAGGGGAGAGGGGGGGGGGGCACUAUCCAACUUUCUGUUCUACUACCUGCUAGCCAGUACAAUUUUAAAACGGCUGUACUUGACUAUCAUUAACUGCUUUAUAUCUCAAAUUUAUCAAAAGAAGAACAAUCUUGUACAAGGACAAUCUCUAAUGAUGAAAACUAUCUUUUGUAAAACUUCAGGGUUAGAUUAUAUCUGGAUAAAAAUGACAUUAAACAUACAUAUGAAAAGCACAAACCGAUAUGAAUCUAUCUUUUUAAAGCCUUGGCUGAGCAAAGAAAAAAAAAAAAAACUUUGAAACUUUUAUGUGUAAAUAUGUUGUAAAUAUUUUAUCAAAUUCCAGGAGCUGGGGGGGAUAUGAGCGACGUGGUUUAGCCAGAAACUUACUUGACAAGUUCCUAUUUUAGAAGGAGACCGUUCUCUUUAAUAAGUUUGGCCAACCUAGCAAUAGGCAGUGUACAAUCCAGCUGUUGUGAUACAUGUUAUGUGCAUAUUUAAAGAUGUGGGUGGGAUGAGCUAACUGCUUUAAUUCAGUACCUGUUUAUUCAGUACCCAGUGUAUAAAGAAAAUGGAUUUAAAGAGUCUGAAGUCACACUGAAGCACGGAUGGAGGAGAUGUACACUUGGCUUUUCCAAACUAUUUGUGGAGUUUGUCGAAUCAGUUGCCAGUCCGGUUGGCUUUUUAGAACGAUUUAAAUGCAGGUUGUUCUCUCUGAUCUGCAUUGGGAUGUGAAUACAAUGGGAUCUCAAUCUAUCAAGCCGUAGGAGUGCUGAUCUGAGGCUUUUGAGGACUACUCUGCACAUACUACACACAAUAUGGCAUUUGUGGGCCUGACUAUUAUUCCUUUUUUAAUGAUUAUAAACCGCGAUCUGCACUUCUACACGGCUUGGUAAAUCUGAUGAGGCUGUUUGUGACUUGUUUAUGGAUAUGUGAUUAUUGAACAUGGUAAUAGGUUUGUUCUACUUGUGUCUUGCUCUCUUCCUCUCGACUUGUAGGGUUGAGUUGUGAAGUGCUCGGGUGUGCAGGCUAAGGGGGCUACAUUUGUAUUGUCUUUUCAAACUUUUCUCCAUCCUUUUUUCUAUUUUUUUUUAAUAACCUUUUUCCUAAACUUGGCUACGGACCAUUUUUUUGAAUCGGAGGAUUCUAGACAAUCUGAAUGGCACCACCGCUUUUUAAGAUUCAUCCAAGUCCACCGACAUGUUUGGUAUCUUUCAGCCCUGACUGUGUAAGACGUAUUCACUGAAACAUUUUGGUGACCCUUUUAUAAGUAUGACGCUCCCAACUCAAUUAAUACAGUUAGACUAGGCUGUUACAUUUAAGAAGAAAAAAAGAUAUGAUAUAUCUCACACACACUUAACCGGGAAAUUAGUAAUGAGUAUUUAGGUAUUUAUGCCCUGUAUGGAAUAGUGUUUUACACUAAGAUCUGUAGCUGUACUUGACACAAGCAGCACAGUUGAAUCAGCUGGCAGAGAAUAUGUACAUGGUGUCAAGGGCUUGGGGCCAGAUAUGAAUAUGAAAUUUAAGAGUUUAAUAUUGUCAUGAACUGCCUUGAACACGCUGUGACCUGUGAUGUGAAGCCGCAUAACCGGCCUUGUCUGUUUACCCAAUUACCGCCUUAAACUUUACAGCUCGCUGUCACCUAUUGCGCUCAACAACAAAACAAAAAGCACAAUGACGUGGCGGUGCGUUCGCUGUCACAACUGCGAGGGGGAAAAACAAAAAAUUAUAGUGGCCAAAUGCCAGAAAAACUAUUUCAAAAGAAGUGAUGUUUAUAAACAUUUGUGGCAGUGAACACACCCCAGAGGGCACCUGGAGUUUUGCAACCAUCCUUGGUAUUACUUGAAUCUACAGCUGUGUGUGUGUGGAGAAAUUUGCAUUGUAAUAUUUCAUUAUUCUUUUUCUUUUUUUGUUAUGACUUUUGUAAAUUUUCUCUACCGCUUUUGAAAACUUCUGGUAUAUGCUGUCCCGAAUAAACAAUUUUAAGAGUGAUUUUAAA